GCCCAUUGUGCAAAAUUACAUUUGUUGAGACGUUGACAUAGAAACUAAUCUUCAUCUUCAUCUUCUUCAUUUCAUUGCUUCAAAGCCAUGGCUUAUGAAGCAGAUUUCUGUAGAGACUAUUUGUUGUUGAAGCCAAAACAUGCAAGCUUACUCGAUCUUGUUCGCAUCUUAUUUUCAUCUGACAUAGAAAAUUUGAGAAGGUUUGUGGAGACCCCCAAACUAGCUCAUCAUCUGAGAGAUUCUGAGCCCCGAUGGCUUAUUUUCAUCUCCAUCCUUGCCCAGAAACUAUUGCUCUACUUCAAAAAUCCCAUGGCUCGGACAGGGAAUGUGCUCGAGCUGUGGCUAAAUCUCCUGUCAAGCAAUGGAGGGUUUUGCAUGCUUCUGUUAAAUCUCCUCAAAGGAUCGGUGGUGAAGCCGCCAGGUAGGUCAUCGGCAACGUUCACAUCAGUGUUGGCAAAUCUGGACGCACGUGUGGAAUUAGACAAAAGCAUCACUACUAAUGAAAGCAGCAAGUAUGGUGCAUCACUGUCUAUCAUGGCUUCUAAAUUGUCCUAUGAGAAUGAAGCCUUUGUCCAAACCAUAGUCACCGAUCACUGGAAGAUGGAAUUCUUGGGGUUCUUCAACUUCUGGAAUGAUUAUGAAGAGCAAAUCUCAACACAAGCCAUGAUGUUCAAUGACACAACCUCUAACCCUGACCUAAUUAUGGUCGCAUUCAGAGGCACAGAGCCAUUCGAUGCGGAUAAAUGGCGGACAGAUGUCGACUUCUCAUGGUUUGACCUUCAUGAUGUGGGUAAGAUACACGGUGGCUUUAUGAAAGCUCUAGGCCUACAAAAGAAAACAGGCUGGCCCAAAGAGAUAGAUAUGGGCCCGGGCCAACCAUCAUUUGCAUACUACACAAUUAGACAAAAGCUCAAAGACAUAUUAAUGGACAAGAAAUAUGAGAAAACAAAGUUUAUAGUGACCGGACAUAGUUUGGGAGGGGCAUUAGCAAUUCUGUUUGUGGCAGUGCUAGUGUUACACGAGGAGGCAUGGUUGUUGGAGAGGUUGGAUGGGGUGUACACUUUUGGGCAGCCUAGGGUUGGGGAUGAACAAUUUGGAGAGUUCAUGAAGGAGAAAUUGAGGGUUUAUGAUGUGAAAUAUUUGAGGUAUGUUUAUUGCAAUGAUAUGGUGCCUAGAUUACCAUAUGACAACAACAUUUUCUUGUAUAAGCACUUUGGGCCUUGUCUGUACUUCACCAGCUGCUAUAAAGGCAAGGUAGUAGAGGAGGAACCAAACAAGAACUACUUCUCACUGUUGUGGGCAAUACCCAUGUUCUUGAAUGCAGUGAUGGAGAUGAUUAGGGGUUUCAUCAUCCCAUACAUAAACGGAACAGUCUAUAAAGAAGGCUGGCUUUUGAGGUUGCUUAGGCUAAUCGGGUUCGCGAUUCCUGGAUUUUCUGCUCAUUUUCCUCAAGAUUAUGUCAAUUACUCGAUUGGGAUAUGUCCAAGAACUAGAACCUGAACUGGAUUGUAAAGAUGACUAGUUGCAACAUCCUGAUCUGUCCAUUUGUAUUGCAUCAAAUAUCUAAUAAUUUCAUUCUAAAUUGUUUGUUCCAAUAAUCUACAUACACACACACACAUAUAUAUAUGUAUGUAUGUGUGUGUGUUACCAAUUGGCACAUUUUGUUUUGAUAGUGUAAUAUUUUUAUGUGGGUCUCUCGCAUCAUAGGAGAGAUUUGGUAA